AUGCCAAUCGUCAAGAGAGCCGUCCGGGGUGUUGCGGCGGGCAUUGGCCUGGCCUCGGAGAGCCUCCACGCUCGCAAAAUGAAGAAAGAGGGUAAUGAACAAGCCCAAUCGCCAUCUGAAGACGCUGAGUCAGAGAGGAGUUUGUCGCAAGACAACAGCGAGCCGCCAGUAUACCGGGCUGAGCUAUAUACAUCUCAAGAGCAUCUCCCCGCCCAAACGACGGGGGUCAUUCAGAACGACGAGAUUGACGCUCUCGAAGAACAAUGGGAGCUCGAUGAAGCCCAGGACGAGCUGCAGCAGCAGCAUUCGAUAGAGAGAAAAUCCUCCGAUGCUUCCACCGAGGAGGUAGAUGAAGCAACUCUGGCUACGGACUUUCUGCGCGACCACCCAGCGCCCCCACCUUAUGUACCCUAUGAUGAGCCAUCCGCAAGACCCCCAAAGCUAUCGGCACCUGUUGUUCUGCCCCAACGCAGACCGAAGAACCAGGACCGCGGCUUCAUUCGCGCAUAUCCGCCCGUGCUGGAGAACUAUGGCAUUGACCAGGCUACGUUCCUUGACUUCCUCGAUACGGCCGAGAAGUCGACCAAAUCGGCUCGCUGGCUGCAGGCUAUCAAUUUGGCUUCUCUGGCUACCAUACCCCUACCCAUUGCCACGGGAAUGGCCAUCGGGAUUGCAAUCCAGAUCGCGACCGACGUGGCGAUGGCAGUGGAGAAUCGAUACCGAUCGAGCCGCUUCUUCGCUAAAAUCAACAAGGAAUUCUUCCAGCCCCGCGGCCUGUUCUGUCUGGUCAUGACCUGGAACCCGCAAUUGGCAGAAGAUCCAUCGACAGUGGUCGAUCUAAACACUAGCGUCGCGAAGGCUGCUGGUGGCGGCGGUGGAGAUAUGCUGAGUCGUCUCCAGUUCAAGUUCAAGUCGUCCGAUGGGCAAUCCUACGGCGAUCUCUUCCCAGAGGUGGCGCCGCUGGUUUUCCCAUCGCUUGACCAGCUAGCCUCGGCCAAGGACGCAGAGACGAAGCUCUCUAAGACUAGGCAGCGCCAUCAAUUCGUUGCUGAAUACCUAGACAGACGGGCCCAGGCUUCCUUUAGGGCGAAAAACCCAGACAGUGUCUUGAACCAAGGCGCCGAACCUAAGUUUACUUCGCGUUAUGCGGAUCCCACCCACCCUGCAGCCAGCGGGGAUCUUCUCGGCUUGAUUACGGGCGGGCACCUCACACGACGGAAUGGCAAAGAGACGAUCCGGGGCUGGAAAGCUGCUGGUCGUGAGAGAAUGAUGGAUGUCGGCCGCGCGAAUAGCGAUUAUCCCAGCGAGGAUCCAGAUGACUAUCAACGUCACUCGAGUUCGAGUUCAAACUCGCCUGCGCCGUAUGCUCCAUACGGUCGUCGACGACGCGGACUGGUGGGAGGGUUGAUUGAUGCAGGCAGGGCUCAGGGUUCUCGCCAUGCUGGUCGACGUGAACGGAAGGGCGGCUUGCUGGCACAGGGAAAGAAGUUAUAUCAGCAGAAAGUGUUGUAUCUGGUUAUCGUGGACAUGCCGUCGGAUGAGGAUAUGGCUCAAGCACGGGCGGACCUGGGACUGAGCGCUUAA